UACCAUAAAUGGAUCCAAAGCUUCAAACGACAGUCCGAUGUCCACGUGUUGGAGAUGUUAGUGAAGCAUCGGAUGCCCAGUGAUGUGCCCUCACAGCUGGACAAACAGAUACCACUCUGUGAUGAACCCAUGAAAGCCAUGAAUGAGUGUCGGAUCAGCUCUUUGCGUGCCAAAGUGAUACACGUGGAGACGCCAACCCUGAUGUACAUUCACCUCAAGAGUAGGGAUCAGUCGUAUCGGGAACUGAGACAAGGAUUGCGUUUCUAUGACGGAGAUGAUCACCAAAAUAGGGACUACAUGUUGCCCAAAGAGUUGGCUCUGAAGGGCUACCUGUGCGCUGUCCGCAACCCAUUGGAUUGGGACAACUGGCACAGAGCUAGGAUUAUACACGUAUUGGACAAUUCCGUCACUUUGUUUGCCAUCGAUUUUGGCAAUUUUAUCACUGAAACCAUCGGUGAGUUACGGCUAUUGAGGGCUGAGUUCUUCUCAUAUCCCAUACAAGCCAUCAAAGUAUCUCUCAGUGGUAUCGCGCCGUUCGCUAUGAAGUGGUCGGACGGGGCCAUUGACUUCAUGAAGAAGUUUGUCCGCAAAUAUAAGUCUGAAUACAACUUGGGCUGUGUUUUCAUCGACCAAUUGCCUGAUGACUACUACUCU